AUGGCUCACAUUGCACUGGCAACUGCAGGCAUAGUUCUUCCUCCCCUCCUCAAAGUGUUUUUUGAGAGAAUGGCAUCUCACGAGUUCAAUGACUUCUUUCGGGAACGAAAACUCAGUGACAAACUCCUAAGGAAGUUGAAGAUAGCAUUGUUGACAGUGAAUGCAGUGCUCGAAGACGCAGAGGAUAGGCAAUUUACAGAGGCUAGUGUGAAGGACUGGCUCGAUGAGUUGAAAGGUACUCUCUAUGAUAUAGAGGACAUUUUGGAUGAGAUUGCUACCAAAGACUUUCGAAGAACAAUUACAAGUAAGGUACGACACUCCAUCUCUGCCUCUCAUUUUGUGAAUAAGAUAGAAGGGGAGAUAAAUGUUGCAUUUGAAAUAUUAGAAGAUCUUGCAAAACAAAUAGGUGUUUUAGGUCUGAGAGCAGGUGUUGGAGGGCAACCAUUAGAAAGACUGCCUACGACUUCUUUUGUUGAAGAGUCUGGUAUUUUUGGUAGACAUCAAGAUGAGGAAGCAAUAAUUAAGUCGUUGUUCUCUAAUGAAGCGAGUGGUAGUGAGAUAGGUGUGAUUGUCAUAGUUGGAAUGGGGGGAAUUGGCAAAACCACCCUUGCUCAACUUGUUUACAAUGACAAUAGGGUGAAGGAGCAUUUUGACCUUAAAGCAUGGGUUUGUGUUUCAGAUCCAUUUGACGUGUUCAUGGUAAUGAAAACAAUUAUAGAGGAAAUAGGUUUGUCAACUAAUGCUGAUAGUACAAAUCUAAAUCAUCUUCAAAUUAAUCUGAAGAAAAUGUUGACAGGAAAGAGGUUCUUAUUUGUUUUAGACGAUGUUUGGGAUAAGAAUAAUGCCAAAUGGGAGGUCUUAAGUAAUGCUUUAAAAUCUGGGAUACAAGGAAGUAGGGUUAUCGUGACAACACGUGAUCAGGAUGUUGCAAGAGUCGUGCAUGCUAGUGCAACUCAUCAUAUAAUAGAGUUACCCAAAGAAGAUUGUUGGUCACUAUUUGCGAAAUUUGCAUUCCAUGAUGGUCACCCUGAUGCAUAUCCAAAACUAGAAGCAAUAGGAAGACAAAUCGUAGAAAAGUGCAAAGGCCUACCUCUAGCAAUCAAGGCAAUUGGAUCUCUCUUGUGGUCUAAAUUAGAUGUUGAUGAAUGGGAUAACGUAUUUAGAAGUGAAUUAUGGGAUUUAUCAGUUGAGGAGACAAGCAUCCUUCCUGCUCUAAAGUUAAGUUAUAAAUAUCUUUCGUCACUUUUAAAGCGAUGCUUUGCAUACUGUUCCAUAUUCCCAAAGGAUUAUACUUUUAAAAAAGAUAAAUUAGUUUUAUUAUGGAUGGCAGAAGGUUUAUUGCCACAACCCAAAAACAAAACAAUGGAAGAAGUUGGUGAUGAUUACUUCCUUGCUCUUGUAUCAAGAUCAUUAUUCCAGCGAUCAAGUCGCAACAAAUAUAUAAUGCAUGAUCUUGUCAGCGAUUUGGCAAAAUUUAUAUCUAAACAAUUUGCUUUAAGCCUUGAAGAUGAUUAUUCUCAUGACGUUCGAAGCAGGACUCGUCAUUUCUCAUAUUAUUGUGAAAAAGUUCAUCUUAUGAAUUUUAAGACCUUUCAUGAGGCUAAGAGGUUGCGCACUAUCCUAGAAUUAAAUUUCUUCAGGAACGGUUUGUUCAUCAGGCGUGGAGUCCAAUUUUUAUUACCAAUGAGAAGAUGCCUACGGGUGCUCAUUCUAUGUUACCAUGCAGACAUAGCUAAGUUGCCAGAUUCAAUUGGUAAACUUAUACAUUUACGUUAUUUAGACCUUUCUUACACUGGGAUUGAAAGGUUGCCUGAUUCCUUAUGUAAGUUGUGCAAUUUGCAAAUAUUGAAUUUAUCACAUUGUCGGUUUCUUGCUGCCUUGCCAAGAGAUACGCAUAAACUCAUUAAUUUGCGUCAUCUUAAUUUUGCUGAAACUUGCAUCAAGGAGAUGCCGACAAAUCUGGGAAAGCUAAAAUGUCUUCAAACAUUAACUAAAUUUAUUGUUGGUAAAAUUGAUAGUGGAUCUAGCAUUGGAGAGCUACAAACACUUACAAAUCUUCGGGGAUCGCUCUCUAUUUUUGGGCUCCAAAAUGUUGAAUGUUCCGCGGAUGCUAAGGACAAAAACAUGAGGGAUAUGAAGUACCUUGUGGAGUUGGUAUUGGAGUGGAAACUUGGAACAAAUGCUUCUGAAAGUCAUAUAAUUGUACUUGAUAGUCUCCAACCCCAUUCAAACUUGAAAAGUCUCACUAUCAACCAGUACGGUGGUAAAAGUUUUCCAAAUUGGGUAGGGCAUGCUUCAUUCUCUAAUAUAGCAUCUCUUCGUCUAGAAUACUGUAAAUUUUGUUGUAGCUUGCCACCACUUGGGCAAUUACCCUCUUUGCAAGACCUCUCUAUUGUUGGGUUGGAUGGAGUUGUUACAAUAGGUCGGGAGUUUUAUGGCAGUGGAUCUUCUUCAAUUAAGCCAUUUGUAGCCUUGAAAUUUGUAAGGUUCGAGAAGAUGUUGAAGUGGGAGGAAUGGUUUUCGUUUGAUGCUGAAAAUGAAGGUGGAGCUUUUCCUAAUCUUAGGGAGCUAAAAAUUUAUAGAUGCCCCAAUUUUGCAUAUUUUCUAAAAGGAGGAUUCCGUGCCCCUAACCUUAAAGAUUUUCGUGUCAUCGAUUGUGGGAGACUGCCAUCACUACCUGACAAGAUGCACAUUCUUCUUCCAUCUCUUGAGAAAUUGUAUAUAGAAGAUUGUCCAAAAGUUGAGUCAUUUCCUGAAGGGGGAUUGCCUUCCAAUCUAAAUGAAAUUUCCAUCUCCAAUUGUGACAAACUCUUUGCGAGACGGACAGGGUGGGGUUUGCAAAAACUCCUAUGUGUUAGAAGAUUCUCAAUCGGUGACAAAUCUGAAGAUGUGGAAUUCUUUCCAGAUGAGGGGUUGUUGCCUGCCAGUCUUACAUAUCUUCACAUCGAAGGGUUUCCAAAUUUGAAAUCUUUAGACAAGAAGGGACUUCAACACCUCACUACUCUUGCAGAAUUGGAGAUCGAGUGGUGCCCUAAGCUUGAGUGCAUGCCAGAAGACGGGUUGCCUGCCUCCCUUACCACUGUAAAUAUCUCAUUUUGUCCUCUGUUGGAGAAAGAGUGGGAUAUGAAAAGAGAAAAAUGA